UCCCCUUUUAUAUAUUGUUUGUUGGGAUAUCACAUUAUCAUAGUUCGCAUUUUGCCGGUAGAAGAUUUAUACAUAACAAAAUAUUGACACUAUUACCGAGUGAAAGUUGUCUUACGUUCUGAAUUAAUUUAUCCUUAUACAAAGUUUGAAAUGGUUGAGAUCAUGGCAGAAAAUACACAGAAGACAAUUGAGAUGGCUCCAACCUGUAUGACAUCAGUGAACAGGGUUGUGAAGCUUCCAGUGGUUGAAACUACCCUUCAGACUGCAUCCAAUGUUUACGAGAAGGUUAAGGACUUCAAUGGAUAUGCUAAAUGGGGAUUCGAAACAGUGGAAAAUACUUUGUACUCCGUGGUAGAAGCUGGAAAGCCCUAUGCCAUUGAUGCUGCUGUUAAACUUGAUGGUCCAAUCAAAAAAGUGGAUGGUGUCCUUUGCAGCGGUUUAGACUUCGUCGAAGCCAAGGUUCCUGCAGUCAAAUUACCACCAUGCGAGAUCAUUUCACAGUUAUACAACUCCACGAAGGGAUAUGUUAGCGAUACCGUCACUCCAAGGGUGGACGCAGCUUACAAAACCGUUCAUGCAGUUGUAGAACCGGCAGUCAAUGCAGCUAUGACUGUUGUUGAUCCCGCUGUACAAGUUGCUAGACCAACUGUUGAGGCUGCAUACAAGAUGGUGGAACCUGUGGUGCAACCAGCUGUCGAUAGAGCUACCGCUUUGAGGGACAGGCUCUUCAAUGGUGAGGUCCAAGAACAGGCGGAAGAUCAAGAGGAAGGAAGGAUACCAUUAAUUUUAAUUUCUUGGAAACUUCACAUAUAUACCGAAUUCUACGAGUUAAUAGUUCAUAUUUACUAUAGUCUCAGUUUACUUUCGCCUUCAAUACUUGACAACCUAGAACAAAGCCAUGAAGAUGAGAAUGAAAACCACUAAAAAUGUUGUUGUUAUGUUUGUGUGAACAGUCGGUAGAAACAAAAGCGAGGAAAUCAAAAACGACAUUGAGGAGUUAUCAGCAAUUAUCCAGAUAUCUUGGGAACCGAUACAUAUAUAUCAUAUAUUAAAAAAAUAUGAGAUUGUGAUAUUGGAGUAUACUUUGUUUAAAUCAGGAUAAUUUUCAGUUCUCACCUUUGUAUUCUUGGACUUGUCUACAUUUUAUAGUUUUUAGGUUAUUAUUUAUUUUAUAAUUUGUAUGAGGAAUCCAUCAUUUUGAAAGACUGUAUUUUUCUCAUACUAGAAUGUUAAGUACAUGAAAUUUUAAAAAUAUAAUUUUUACUUCUUA